UGGCACCGGUGCUGCGCUAUUCCGAUUUUGAUUUUUACAACAUUGCAGACGACUCUAUUGUUUUCUGUACACCAAACCCAAACGGCAAAAAUGGCAGCCCAAAAGGUCGAUAAAUCCACACCGGCAACAGGUAGCCCAGCAGAUUUAAAGGAGAAGAAGAAGGAAAGAAUCUUGGACUUGUCCCGUUACAUGGACAAGUUGAUCAGAGUCAAGUUUACCGGAGGCAGAGAGGCAGCUGGUAUACUUAAAGGUUACGAUCCUCUACUCAACAUUGUCCUGGACAACACGGUAGAAUAUCUAAGAGAUUCGGAAGAUUCAUUCAAGUUGUCAGAAGACACCAGACAGUUGGGCUUGGUGGUUUGUCGUGGAACAGCUGUUGUUCUCAUCUGCCCUGCUGACGGUAUGGAAGCCAUUGCCAACCCUUUCAUUCAACCAGAAUAAUUGAUUUUUUUUUUCUAAAUUGAACCAAUGAUCAUUUGUCUGUGUGUUGUUUCCCAAUUUUCCAAUAAUAAAAGAACGAGAAAAAGGUGAAAUAGUAUAAUAAUAUUAUUAAAAUCCUUCAAAAAAACGGAUAGGUAAAAGAACACGGAUCGACAAUGAUAAUAAUACGAUGAUUUGAAUAAAUGAUUCAAUUUUUAUGCAAUUAUAUAGCAGUAAUGCAAAACAGAAUUAUAUUUUUAGAAGGCGAUUAGAAAAGAGCCUACGAAGGUCGAAUUCAUAUUUAUGUACUUUUAAGUGUAGGAAAAUUGGAGAGGCACCGUCUCAUCUUUCUGUGUGAAUGUCACAACAUUCGGCCGUCAAACGAACU